AUGCGCCCGCCAUUGCAGCCUGCGGUCCCUUCUCGCAGGCUGCUCCGGUUUCUGCGAUUCCAGUCUGAAGGAAUUCCCUUCUUCAGCCCCAGCCAUGUGCGUACCGCCGGAGCAAGAUGCCAUGGCCCGCCUCUUCAGGACUCUCGAGGCCCGACGCAUGCUACAGAACAACCCGGUCAUCCGGCACGGCGGUUCUCAACCUCGAGGACCAGCCGAUCCGAAGCCGCCCUCCACUCCGCGGUGUUCGACCUAGAGAGCAUAAUUCCCAAGUCUCUGAAAAAGGCUCGCUCGACUGUUGCCGAUCUUGUCAGGGGAAAUGCCGCCACAAAAUCACGGAGAUUCGCCUCCACGGACGAGCCUAAUGAGGAGGAGCGUGGCAAGACGCCUUGGCAGCAGAGACUAUGGGGCGACAACACAGCGAAGCCCGACUUUCGGAGCAGGACCACAGACGAUUUUGACACGUCGAUAUUCACUUCGUCCAUGACAGCCAGGAGGGCCAAGGCUGCUCUUGAGCCUGUGCUACGGUGCACAGAGGUGGACGAGAAGGGCGACGCCAUCCUGACCGACGGCGCGUUCAAGAAGAGUGAGCUUAUUGCGAAGUACGGCCUCAUGCCCCGCGAUCUGCGCAAGAUCGACUCCUCCAACCUGCCGCACAUCCUCGUCCGGCCAGCCGCGAUCCUUCUUAACCUCCUACACCUUCGAGUGCUCAUCAAGCACGACCGCGUCCUGCUCUUCGACGUCUACGGCUCUUCGACCUCCUCUGCGCAAUCCGAGUUCAUGUAUGAGCUGCAGGGCAAGCUGCGGCAGAAGCAGGCCCCCGGCACCGCAGGCGGCCUCCCGUACGAGUUCCGCGCGCUCGAGGUAGUGCUCAUGUCAGUGACGUCGGAGAUAUGGAAGGACUUUGGCACCGUUCAGAAGCCGGUCAUGCACCUGCUAGGCGACUUGGAAGAGGACGUUGACAGGGAGAAGCUCCGGUAUCUGCUGGUGCUCUCCAAGAAGGUCAGCACCUUUGAGCAGAAAGUGAGGCUGGUCCGGGACGCGAUCGACGAGCUGCUGGAGGCGGACGACGACCUGAGCCAGAUGUACUUGACGGAGAAGACGCGGGAUAUAUCGCGCGAGGUCGACGAUCACACCGAGGUUGAGAUGCUGUUGGAAUCGUAUCAUAAGAUUUGCGACGAGGUUGUACAGGAGGCGAGCAACUUGGUUUCUGGAAUCCGGAACACGGAGGAGAUCAUCCGUGCUAUCCUCGACGCCAACCGCAAUGCUCUCAUGCUUCUGGAGCUCAAGUUCAGUGUCGGCACCCUGGCCCUGGCGAUGGGCACUUUCUUCGCGGGCCUCUACGGCAUGAACCUGGAGAACUUCAUCGAGGAGACGAACUGGGGCUUUGCAGGCGUAACUGGCGCCUCGGUCUUCUUCAGCUUGCUUGUGGGUUGGUACGGCCUGAUCAAGCUGCGCAAGGUCCAGCGCGUGCGCAUGAGCCAGUCCUCGAGCCGCAACCGCAGGUCGCUGGUUAACAGCCAGGACGGCAGUGAACCGUACGGCGCCAUGCAGUGGUACAAGGACGACAGCCCCACAGCGCUACUCGAGGCCAAGCAUCGUGAGAAGCUCAAGAGGAUCGCCGCGAUGAAGGAGAAGCGCCCCCAGGCCACGGGAUUUAGGAAGUGGCUGCAGCGGCUACAGUGA